CAAGGACUUGUCACUUGACUCUCACCAUCACCAUCUCCAGCUCUCGAAUUUCUACCGUUGUGCAUGUCCAACCUUAACGGGCUCCCUCUACUCAGCGGUCCUCCACCAGCGCCUUUCACAGAUCGUGCGCAUAACGCAUGUAGGAAAUGUAAUAAGGAAUUCAUUAUCAUCUUUACACGCUCAACCCGCUGUAAUCAUUGUGGCUACUUAUAUUGUGCGAGCUGCGCAGACUACCCGGCGCUCAUGCCCCGCCGUGGCGCAGCAUCUGGCUAUGACCAAGUUCACGUUUGUGCAUUCUGUAUUGAGUUUCUUCAAAUAACAGCUUCUAAUAGAAACCAGCUCAAGUCCCUGCCGCUCUCCAGCCUUCGCCGCUAUGUCAACGCAUACGGUAUCUCCGUCAAAGGCCCUAUCGAUAAGAAUGACCUCGUGGAUGCCAUCAUCGCUGCAAAGACACCAACAGGCACCCUCCCGCCCUCAAACGAGUCCCACUAUCGUGCCCAUGGGGUCCCCAAACACAAUUCCUCGCGCCCUCGCGGGUUCUUUAGCACCCGUCCUCCACCCCCAACUCACCAACAAACGUCCACACCACCACCACCUGACUUCCCCCGUCCUGACCUUGACCCUGAGCCAGCACCAUACAGAACGUAUACCUCCAACUCCACAAGACAGCGGCAGACACCCCCUACACCUCCCCCGCCUCAGCCCUCUCCACCUCAACCACAGCCACGAUUCAGGACGGCCUCGCAGCCACAAACGCCGCCUCGAUCAGCGCCCCACUCCACUCCACGCCCGUCUCCAACGUCUACUGCUAGCACACCUCCCACACGUCCAUCAACCGCACCUCGCUCACCGCCGCAGCCGUCCACGCCGCAGCCCCCGCCCCCACUUUCUGCUCUCCUUGCGAUGUCCACGUCGUCCCUCUCGCGAUUACCCAUUCACACGCUGAAGCAGAUAUUGUAUGAGGCACGUGUGCGUUUGCCCGCUGACCUCCUUGAGAAGGCGGAACUCGUGGGGCGCGUUAGUGCCUGGUUGGAGGAGGAGAGAACGGCAGCUGAGGAAAGAGAUAUCAUGGAAAGGGAGGAGAGGGAACAAGAAGAGAGGGAAAGACGAGAGAGGGAAGAACAAGAAGAGAGGGAGAGGGCUGAGGCGGCAAGGUUAGUCAUGGAGACAGAGCUAGCCGAGUCAGAAGACGCCCACAUACAUGGCUCUGCUGAGAAUGCCCAGAUACAUGACGAGUCGCAGCAACAUCCUCCACCAUCUUCCUCCUCUCCACCACCGUCACUACCUAGGACGACGCUUGCAGAGCGUUCUGGUUUAUGUGUGAUAUGUCAAGACCAGGAAGCAAAUAUCGCAAUCGUGGAUUGCGGGUGAGUGCCCCAAGCUUUGUGCUCGCACACACGGCCUUUCACUGACUCAUGCCAACAGACACCUAGCGAUGUGUCGUGCC